GACUCAUGUGAUAUCGAUGGAAGUCUUGUCUAAGAGGUUUUCUUGGAAACCUGAAGGUGCUUUUGAGGUUCUUUCAAAGUUCAAUAAAUGGAGAGGAAGAUGGAAGCAAAGGUAUUGCUGGGUUUGAAUGGAUGUAUUGCUUAAGCGUGGCGCUGUCAUCUAAUGGGUAGUUACAAUGCAAAACCAAGCACUUCAGACGAGAAAGAUCACAGCGUUCAACCACCAACCACUUCUAAGCAAACUGAUUUCAACAACUCACAUCCAUUCACUAUCGAGGACACAUCGGACACUGACGGGGACGAGACUCAUUCAAAGAACUCAGUAAAGACAUCCCCGUCGCCACUGGUAAAACAGAUUCCAGAAUCGAGUGAGGCUGUGAUGCAGGAUGAACAACGCCAGCGAGAGUUGGCCCAAGAAAGACACAGAGAAGAGUCAAGAGCGCCCUCUGGGAGCUCAAGAGAAUCAGCCUCACCUUAUGGACUGUACAACCCUUUGGCAUCAUCAAAUGGAGGUCGACCGUACCUUCCUGCAUCAGCCUCCCCAGCUGUAACAGGUAGUGGCAUGAACCCAGGAUCGUUACCUUUGCUUCAGUAUCCUGGUCAGUCCGCCCCACCUUUGUUAGCCAUCAAUCCAACCUCCUCAGCUGUCUUUUCACCCUAUCCAAGUGCAUUCACGUCUCCCGCUGCAGCUGUCUACACAGCAGGAUUACAUAGCAGUGCCAAUCCCAGACCAUACCAUGGCAUUGAGUCCUAUUCAGCAAUGCUUGCCAGCAUGGGCAAUCAGGUGCAGCAGCAUCCCCAAGGACACCUCAUUCCAGCACCUUCCUAUUUCCAGGGUGGCUACAUCCCUGCUCAGUACAACCCUCUAUCACCCCUGAUGGCAGGGGUGAUACCAACCUCCAAGGGUAUGUUCCCAGAGGGGAGUUACAUGCCAACAGCUGUAGCUCCACAUGUCUUGACAGGCAUCCUUCCUAGUGGCCAGUUGAUUCCUCCUGCAGGACAGCACCCAGAAACAUCUGGAGAAGAUCACGGUAGGUCCAGCCCUGAGAAGCACUACUCUGCAUCCACAAGAUACCUCGAAGCACGAGAGCAACAGAUCCUUGAGAGCAGACGAUUGGCAGAGUUACAACAGUUGUCUCCUGGUGGCCAAGUUCAUCGCAGUAUCCCAGAGGCGAGAGUUUCUCCCUUUCAGCAGGUUUCUACAACUGUAACCUACAGAGUAGCCAUGCCAGAAGUGGCUGAACGACCCGAGUCCAAGGGAGCAAGCCCUGGUUCAUCACACCAGACUAAGUCGGUGCACAUUCCAUCAUCAAAGGAUGUGAUGCUACACUGUACAACCCCCAAGCAAGCACUAGGAGGUGGUGAUGUGGACUCUUCCCGGCAGGUGCAGCUGGCUCUGCUUCCAAACACCUUCUACUGUGGCUCCGUACCGGGACAGGCAAUGGUAGCUACCACAGAGGGUACCAUCCGUGUGGAGCUUCCUCCGCCAACCGUUGGAAUAAACAUCGGCUCCAAAUCCGGGCAACCCAUUCCCAACCCCAUCACCAUGUCAUUGCCCAUCACAUCGUCCAGCAGCGGAGGCAGUAUCUUCACUUUCCCUGGUAGCAGCAACCUUCCGCCGCUGACCAGUAUGCCCCCAACCAUUGCGGUGCCCACAGCGGUGCCCUACCAGUCUGUGGCAUCCAGACACCAUUCACCUACGUAUUCUGCCACAGUUGCAGGGUUGCAGUCGUGGCACCUCACCCCACAGGUGCGCCCAACACCGUCGGUCAGGUUUCAAGGUUCAAGCCUCGGUCCUGGCAACGUUGCAGGAUCUCACCAAGAUGGUGACCAACCAAUGUCAGGUUUCCAUGGCGAGAAGAAGAAGAAGAUUGUAGUGGGUUUCACCGUACACUAUGUAUUCUCCCGAAGACAACAAGAACACCCUUGUCAAAACGUUGAGUAA